AUGGGUGGGAACGUGGCCUUGGGAACAAUGAUAGCCGCUCAAGAACUCUCCGAAUUUCUUCAAAUGGAGAUUCGCCUCAAAUUCGAGGAAGAAGUUCUUGAAUUCUACAGAAAUGGAGAAAUGAAAUCUGCUCAGUCAAAGAAAAAUCCACAGAGCACAUUUCCAGUCAUCAAGUCCACUGUUGGAGGCUCAAAGAUGAAGCUUUCGCAGAAAAAAUUGGGAAGAAAGCUUCGCCUUCCCAAUUCUGGAGUUGAAGUUGGGAAAUUUCCAGUCAAAAAUCUGGACUGGAACAUCAUUGGAAUUUCAGGGCGAACUCCUUCUGGCCCAGCAAAGAAAGAAGAUCUGAACAACGAUUACAAGUUGAUUUUGGAACUGGUCAUCGCCUGCCUCGAAUGUGGGAGUGGAGGUCAUGCCGAUGACAUCACCCAGGAGAGAGCCUUCAUCAUCAACGCUCUCAUUACCAAAACUAAGGUAGACUGGGCUGCACACUUUUUCAAUUCCAUCUCAAAGCAUCUGGGAAAGCCCAACCAGAAAUAUCUUUGUCAAGGACUAUACCUUGGACUUAUCUUGGAGUCUAUGGGUAUUGCUUCUAAAGGAAAGAAGUAUGGAGAAAGAUACUGGCUAUACUACUUAUCCUCCAAAGGAGAAAACAGAGCCAGUGCCAGUACCACUGCAGAGGAUAGCUCAUCAGAUAAUGUCCUACUCAUCCAUAUGGCAAAGACUGCCAAAAGAAAGCAAGUGGUGUCCCCCUCUCCCUCCAUUGAAGCACCACAAAAUCUUGCCUUGGUAUGUUUGGAAGAAGAAGAAGAAGUCUCUGACCAUGGAGAACUUCAAAGGAAGAAGAAGAGAAAGAUCAACUCUUCAUCAACAUCCAAAGAUGUCGAUUCGGAUGAGUUGAAGGAGAGGGAAACUGCUGAGGAAACCUCUAUUCAAAACCAGAGCCCUCAACAAUUUGAAGAAGAAAUCCCUCUAGUCCAAAGCCUUCCAACCUCAUCUCAGCCUCAUACAGAUGAUGCUGACAACAAAUUCUGGCAGCUCUACUAUAAUUGGAGAGCUUGGAAAGUUGGAAAUUCAGAAGAGCAACUGUUGGAUUGGGACCAACAGCUGAAGAAUGAACAGAUUAUCAAGAAAUGCCUAGGACUACCAGUCAACCACUGCUGUGAAGACAUCUUGGAUGACUACUGGGUAUGGCAAAGGAACAAUGAGGAUCUGCAUCUGGAACACUUGGCCACUACACCAGUUUCAGACUUUGAAGCAGAUGAUGAAGAUACUGCAGUCUACAAGCCAGUCUUCUCAAAAGCCACAGAAGAUCAAAUGGCUCCCACUUCUGAAGAAAUAGCUGUUUUGGAAACAACAGCUGAGGAUUUCCCUAUCUUUACGGAAACCUCACCUGCGUUCGAAAUGGUUCUGACUGAAACUGUUCAAGAGAAGGCAGCCUCUCCCCCACAAGAGCAGAACCAGGAAGCAACUGAAGAAGAAGAAUUUCAGCGACUGAUCCAAUCUCAAGUGCUCGAGAUCCUCACAACUCCUUGUGAGAUCUCCAAUCAGACACAACUUGAGAUUCUGGAAAAGUCAGCAGAAAUUCCGGAACAGUCAGCUAUUCCAGAAAUUAUGGAGAAAGAAGUAGAAGUCCAAAGGCACUCUGGAAAAGCUGAGAAGGAAUCUCAGAUGGCAGAAGAGGAGGUCUCUCAAACUCCAAUAGCCAUUUUUGAAGAACCAAAUGAAGCUGAAGAUACCAAGCAGAAUCUGCUGAAGCUGAAAAAAGUCAAGGCGGAAGAAAUCACAAAAUCUCAAGACAAAAACUUGGUUUAGGAAUUAUUGUAAUUUGAAUUGUAUUUGUUUAAGAGUUUUUGUUAACAAGCUGUAUAUUAUGAGAAACUAAAAGAAAGUUAUACAAUUAGU